GUCCUACCUGCACACUGCAGCGUGCUGCAAGUGGGGCGAUAAAAGUUGUUGUUCGGAGGGGGGUUUUCCUACACCCUCCAUGCUUUGAAAGGAAGCGGAGGGGGCCGCAGGGAGGAGCGGAGUGCGACUGGCGGCGGCUCCUGCUGUGUCGCCCCAGCCUGGGGUUUCCCUUCGGUGCAGGAUUGACUCCUGGAGAAAGGGAUCCCUGUGAGGAAAGCUGCGGGGUUUUACCACAGGCGCAGCCUCCUGUCAGUUUCAGCAUGCUGCCAGCUAUUGGAUCUACAGUAUUGUCUUCUGGAGAAGCCAUGGAGAGGAGAAGUUCAGCAGAUCAGUGUCACCCACUGUUGGAGGAACAACCACUCCCUGACACGACUGCCAAGGGGGAGAAGAGGUUCCGCUUGUGGUACGUCGGGUGGUCAUCCCUAGACCGGAGGACAACGUUACCCAUGCUGCCGUGGCUAGUGGCUGAGAUCCGUAGACGCGCAGAAAGGCAAGAGCCCCCUGGUUGUGUGGCAAGUUGUCGAGAGGUUCAGCUCCUGGUAGUUGCCCCGCACCUUCGAUGUGUUCCAGCCUUGAAUGGAGCCAGUGGCAACACAGCGGUCUUCAUUUUUGAGCACAAGGCACAGCACAUUGCCCGCUUCAUCCACAAUACCCAGGACCCCUCAUAUUUUGCCUACUUGAUUAAGACUCAGCCUGACAACCCAGAGUCUGAGAUGGCCUGCCAUGUCUUCAAGGCUACUGACCCCAGACAGGUUUCCACAGUCAUCAGUAGCAUUCGGCAGGUUUCCAAAGUUGCUCUGAAGGAAGAUUCAAAGCCCAGCAAGGACAAUGAAGAUGCCUUUUACAACUCGCAGAAGUUUGAGGUUUUAUAUUGCGGCAAGGUGGUAAUUGCCCAUAAACACGCUCCUUCCACUCUCAUCGAUGACUGCAUUGAGAAAUUCUCUCUACAUGAACGUCAGCGUCUGAAGCUACUGAGCGAGCAGCGCAGCGUGGACUCCAGCUCUGACCUCGCAUUGGCCGAGACCAAUCUCCCAGUUUCUCCAUCUGAUAGUGCAUUUGAAGCACUGGACGCGGACUCUAAUGCCAAUUCUGCCUCCAAGGGCCAUUCAGGGAUAUUUACAGUAGGUAGCCAGAGCAAUCUUUCUGGUAUGCGGGUAUCUUUUCCUGAGAGGAUACUUGAAGACUCAGGCUUUGAGGACCAGCAGGAGUUUAGGUCUCGAUGUAGUAGUGUUACUAUUCAAAAGAAGGCUUAUGAUGGAAAAAUACAGUCAAGGAGAAGACAUGCAAGUGCACCGAGCCAUGUACAACCCUCCGACUCGGAAAAGAACAGGACAAUGCUCUUUCAGGUUGGCAGGUUUGAAAUUAAUCUCAUAAGUCCCGAUACCAAGUCUGUAGUGCUGGAAAAGAACUUUAAAGAUAUUUCCUCGUGUACUCAGGGUAUUGAACAUAUUGAUCACUUUGGAUUUGUGUGCCGUGAGAGUGUGGAGCCUGGUAUAAACCAGUAUGUUUGCUACGUCUUCCAGUGUGCUACAGAUGCUUUGGUGGAUGAAGUCAUGCUGACCUUAAAGCAAGCAUUCAGCACCGCUGCCGCUCUCCAAAAUGCCAAGACACAGAUCAAGCUGUGUGAAGCUUGUCCUAUGCAUGCUCUGCACAAACUCUGCGAGCGAAUUGAAGGGCUGUACCCACCAAGAGCCAAGCUGGUAAUACAGCGACAAUUGUCUUUGCUCUCUGACAACGAACAAGCGGACAUUUUUGAAAAAGUCCAGAAAAUGAAAGCAACCAGCGACCAGGAAGAGAACGAGCUUGUCAUACUUCACCUAAGACAGCUGUGUGAAAACAAGCAGAAAACCCACGUUCACAUUGGAGAACUGCAGACGAGCUUGUCAAGCAGCUCAAUCCCGGAGAACACUGCCCCUAGUGGUCGUUUCACGCUAGAUAUUUUGAAGAACAAGGCAAAGAAGUCCUUGACCAGCUCUCUGGAAAACAUCUUCUCACGGGGGGCAAAUCGAAUGAGAGGCCGGCUGGGCAGUAUGGACAGCUUUGAUCGCUGCAACAGCUUUACUUCUGACAAGGACGGCUCACCAGGGGAUUCUCCGCCAGCCACUCCACCGCCUUCUCCCGUGUCUUCAACUUGGCAGUCCUUUCCAGAGGAGGAUCCAGACUCACCCCAGUUUCGCAGACGGGCUCACACUUUUAGCCACCCCACAUCCAGUGCCAAGAAAAGGAUAACAUUUCCUGAUGCUAAGUCACCAAACAGCAAGUCACCCAUCCAGAGACAGCACUCCAUAGCCUGUGAUGGGGGGCAGAGCAGCCCUGUUCCCAUUGUCCGACGUAUCCGCACUGAGAGCGAGCCUUCGUCCUCCAGUCUCCCCUCGUCCUUUUCUACCCCUUCUUUCCUGAAAACUUUUUACCAGGGUUCAGGGAGACGUCCAUCACAGGUUGAAACUGAUGUGCCUAAGAGUGAAUGUGAAGGAAGAAGGAGGACAUUCUCUUCAUGCAGUAACGACUCUUUAAAUGCUUCUGUUGCUCCACUCAUACCACGUCGAAUUUCGUGGCGUCAGCAGAUUUUUCUCAGGGUAGCUUCACCAAUGAUCAACUCUCCCUCAGAUAUGCAGCAUAUAGAUCUUUUAGAUGGGAAGGAUUUGCUGCCGUUGUCCCCUCUUCCCGCAACCAUGGAAGAGGAUCCUCUAGCAUCCCUUCUUCAGGAUGACAGUGCAGAUGGGAAACGGAGUGCUGAAGACUUUCAGAGACUAUGGAGGAAGGCAAUACAUCAACAGAUUUUAUUACUGAGAAUGGAAAAGGAGAACCUGAAGCUUGAAGCAAGCAGAGAUGAGCUGCAGUCUAGAAAAAUCAAGCUAGAUUAUGAGGAGGUUGGAAUUUGUCAAAAAGAAGUUUCAAAUCUCUGGGAGAAGAAAUUAAACUGCAGGACUAAAAUCCGGUUUGACAUGGAAGAGAUAUAUGCAACACUAAAAGAAGGGGUCCCAAAAUGUAAACGCGGGGAAAUCUGGCAGUUUCUUUCUGUGCAGUAUCGUCUAAGGCACCGACUUCCAAGCAAACAGCAUCCCCCGGAUAUAACAUACAGUGAGCUCCUGAAGCAACUCACAGCACAGCAGCAUGCCAUCCUUGUUGAUCUUGGAAGGACUUUUCCAACUCACCCUUACUUCUCUGCCCAACUGGGAGCAGGACAGCUUUCUCUGUACAAUCUUCUUAAAGCAUACUCUUUGCUUGACAAGGAAGUAGGCUAUUGCCAGGGAAUUAGUUUUGUGGCUGGGGUGCUUCUACUGCAUAUGAGUGAACAGCAAGCCUUCGAGAUGCUAAAAUUUCUCAUGUACGACCUAUCCUUCCGGAAGCAGUAUCGGCCAGAUAUGAUGUCUCUUCAGAUACAAAUGUACCAACUUUCACGGCUUCUGCAUGACUAUCACAGGGAUCUGUACAACCACCUGGAAGAGAAUGAGAUAAGCCCAAGCCUCUAUGCAGCUCCCUGGUUCCUAACACUAUUUGCCUCACAGUUCCCUCUUGGAUUUGUCGCCAGAGUCUUUGAUAUUAUUUUUGUACAAGGAACUGAAGUCAUUUUCAAAGUGGCACUUAGUCUGCUCAGUAAUAAUAAGGAAUGUAUUAUAGCAUGUGACAGUUUUGAAAAUAUAGUAGAUUUUCUGAAGAUCAAUAUUCCUGAUAUGACAAAUGACACUAUGGAAAAAAUAGUAACCCAGGUAUUUGAAAUGGACAUCUCUAAGCAGCUUCAUGCUUACGAGGUUGAGUAUCAUGUAAUUAAUGAUGAAAUGCUGGAAACGUCCAAUCCAUCCGAUGACACAGAGGCUUUCCAGAAGCUUGAGAAGGCGAAUAAUCAGCUGAAGAGGCAAAACAUGGACCUCUUGGAAAAGUUGCAGGUAGCUCACACCAAGAUUCAGAGUCUGGAAGCCAAUAUUGAAAACAUUUUAUCCAGAGAAAACAAAUCCAGAAACGUUAUCCGAUCUUUGGAACAAGAAAAAUCUGCAUAUCAAAAGGCGGUGGAGCAAAUGAGGAAAUACGUGCCCACUCAUGUACUGACAGACUGUGAACUUUUGCUUAAGGAUGUUAGCUGUAGCCCAAACAACAAAACAAAGGCAGGAAGUAAGCAGUAA